CUAGAAUUCUCGCCUUUACCCAGUUCAGACGUGCAAGACGGUGUAUUCAUCUCGCACUGUAGAUUCUUGGCAAGGCGAUGCCCCGAUACAGCCUCACCCUGUUGCAAGAAUACCCUAAAAGGAUCUCGCGCAAAUUGCAGGAUCUCGACCACUGAUGCAACCAACCAUCAUGUCGGUUUCUGAACUGAAGUAUACGCAAGGGCCUUCUGCUGAGCAAUGGGAGUCGCAUAGAGAAACGAUUACCCAAUUGUACCACAAGAUGUCGUUGAAGGAUCUAAGUGAUUUUAUGAAGCGUCACCACAGCUUCAAUGCAAGUAAGCGGAUGUACGACAGCAGGUUCCGACGUUGGCAAGUCUUUAAGACGAAACAAGCCGUCAGGCAACCCGUAACCCAUGGGUCACCAAAUCCCCCCAAAGCCAGAAAGUCUCGAGUCACGAAAUCACGAGGACCAGAAAAGAGAUAUCGACAAACUGGACAGCUUCUGCCAAAAAGUACCAUAACCGACAACUCGUAUCGAAGUUCGCUGCCUGAGCACCAUUUUGCUCCAUCAAAGCGUACUACUCGCAACGGCCGCUGCGUCUCUUGCCAGAGGACCAAUUCAAGCAGCCCGUCCUCUGACAUAGAGACUACCUGGAGUCAUACAACCGCCCUGAACCGCAAUGCUGACCGUGUGGACUCGAUUGGGACGCCUGUUAUGAAAGAGGAGCCAUUGACUCCUACAGAUGGGCAGUCUGUUAGAGCUCACCACACACACGUCAGGGAGUCAUUUAGCUCUCACUCACCAACAGCGGAACACUUUCCAGGUUAUGGAUAUAUGGGUUCAAGUGAUUCUCGACCAAUCUCCUUAAUCGGGUCAACGACAAGUUGCGGACCGUUUAGUAAUCUAAUAUGUGUUUCACAAGUUGUCGACCAGGCUGGCGGACUACCACCACAAAUAGCCACUCCUCGCGAGCUACAACAGCUCAAUAUCAUACUGGGGAGCAUACAUCAAUUUUACUCUCACGAAUUCUCUAAGCAAGACGACAUCCAGAGCCAUUACACCACGGCUGCUUCCCGCCCAUUUUGGUUCGAUAUCAACACCGGCAUCUACCUCCUUAAAUACGCAGCCAGCAAGCCAUUAUGCACCAAGACACCUUCACGCGCCUUCGCAGCCAUCCAAUCUGCUUGCGCAAAUGCCUCUAAAGCCCUCUCCUCUAUCCCAUUCGACUUUCCUCUUCAAUUACUCCUGCGUCUUUCGCCCUUCAACACUCGGAUCUGUUUGCCCCUACGUGCCAACAUCCUGUCCUUCCUCUCCUCCAUGGCCAGUACUACCCUCGCACCUAUGCACCCCUUGGCUGCUCUAUGCACCGCGCUUGCCGCCGAUGAUCACUCGCUCGAACUCUCAGCGCGUGCAUUUACAUACAUGGCCUCACUCCUAGGCUCGCACCGUAUAUGUUCAGUUCCCACCGUUCGCCAUAGGCUGAGUUCCGCACAGGCGAAGUGGAGUAGACGUGAAGGCAAUGUUACCAAGGCCGUUGUGCAAGCACGCGAUGUGGUCGCAUUAGCCAGCGUUGAUUUCGGGCCAUACGAUGAGAAGACGCGGGCUGCGGCGAGUGAGCUGGUGCAUGCUUAUAUGGCUGCUGGACAGUACACACAUGCGCUACAUGAAUGUCAGCGAGUUAUACGAUGUCCGGGACCAGGCUCGCGAAGAGACGAAGCCGCUGGCGGUGAUGUUGUUUCUGGAGAAGUCGAGUACUUCACUGAUGGGAUUGCAGCGCAUGGGAUGGAGGAUGUGGCGGAGUUGUAUGAGAAGAUGGGGGAUAGUGGCGAGGGCAUCGUCUGGUUGAAACGAGCGGUCGGGAUUGCACUCCGGGUAUGGGGUCAGGCGCCGACCACGAUGCACAUUUUGGACAAACUGGUUGAUGCGUUAAGAGAGGACGGGAGGUCUGAGGAUGCGAGGACAUGGGAGAAGGUUGGACUGUUGGAGGCGAAGUGAGACUUGUGGGCAGUGUGCGCUUUUGGUCAGGGCUCGGGCUAAUAGCAUCAUGCUCUGGACCGGCCAGGAUAGAGUCUAAGACUUCAUUCAAUGCUUUGAGGAUCUCAAACUGGGGAAUGACAUAUGGCUCGAGUUCGGUAUAUGUGCACUCCAACCCGGCUACAUUUGAGGGUGAUUACAGCUUUGUCUCCGCCUCCUGGGUUGAUUUUUUCUGGCUCGUGCUUCUUGUGAAUAUUAUUCUACUAUUUUACCUCUACCUCAGCAAUGACAUGAAUGUAGUGGCGGUUAUAUGAUGCGGG